AGAUCUCAACAAAAUCUAAUUCUAUAUGACACACACAACAACACUCAUAUUAAAGAGGUAUUUUUCUUCAAGAUUUGAUUAGUAGAGUAGAGCCAUGGGUUGGAAUUUCUUUACCAUCUUCAUUGUGCUACUUUUUCAUCACUCAAAUGCAAAUGCAAAUUUAAAGCAGAGUUGCAACUUUUUCGAAGGAAGUUGGAUUGAAGAUGAAACUUAUCCUCUUUACAAUUCAACUCAAUGUCCAUUCAUUGAACAUGAAUUUAAUUGUCAAAGGAAUGGCCGUCCUGACCAAGAUUAUCUCAAGUAUAGAUGGCAACCACAUGGAUGCUCCUUACAAAGAUUUGAUGGAGGGGCAUUGUUAGAGAAAUUGAAAGGGAAAAGCAUAAUGUUUGUGGGAGAUUCUCUAAGCCGAAACCAGUGGCAAUCACUUGUAUGUCUUCUUUAUACAUCACUCCCUAACACCAAAUACAACGCAACCAGAGUUGGUGAUGUCUCUUUAUUCACUUUCUUGGAUUUUGAACUUGACGUGAUGUUGGAUCGAAGUGUGUAUUUAGUGGACGUUGUGAGGGAAGAAAAGGGAAGAGUAUUAAAAUUAGACUCAAUUGAAGGUGGCAAGUUGUGGAAAGGAAUUGACAUGCUCAUUUUCAACACUUGGCAUUGGUGGAACCGCAGAGGAACCACUCAACCAUGGGAUUACAUUGAAAUAGGAGGUCAAUAUUAUAAAGACAUGGAUCGUGUUGUUGCUUUUGAGAAAGCUUUAUUUACAUGGGCUAAAUGGAUUGACACCAACAUUAAUCCUGCAAAAACUAUAGUGUUCUUUCAAGGAAUUUCCCCUUCUCAUUACAAUGGUACCGAUUGGAAUCAACCAGGGGUGAAAACUUGCUUAGGGCAAAUGCAACCAAUAAGUGGUUCAACAUAUCCAGGAGGGUUACCCCCAGCACUGAGAGUUUUGAAGAAAGUAUUGUACACAAUUGAGAAGCAAGUGACAUUGCUUGAUGUCACAAAUCUUUGCUUAUUGCGUAAAGAUGGACAUCCUUCAAUUUAUGGGCUAAGUGGAAUGGAUUGUAGUCAUUGGUGUUUAGCUGGAGUUCCUGAUAUUUGGAAUGAAAUACUAUAUAACUUUAUAGUAACAACGUAACUGGUAAAA